ACCUCACGAGAAUCAAAAUCACCACCAACACAACCCACCUGGUCGACCAAUCUCUACUCCAUACCUUUCCUGUUGAUCGAUCAGCUCUUCUCGAGGAGCAUCGCUCUCUCUGUAAUCCUCUCUCCCGACUGCCUUUUAUAUCUCUCGCCAAUUCUUUUUGUCGCUCGCACACACAAUGUUCGUUCGCGCCGCUUCCCAGGCUGCUCGCAGCCCUGCUGUCCGAGCCACUGCUACCCCAAUGGCUCGCGUAGCUGCUCAGCAGACCCGUUCCGCCUCCGAACACGCCAUUGCCAACCCCACGCUCGCCGGUAUCGAGAAGCGCUGGGAGGGAAUGCCUCCUCAGGAACAGGCCGAUUUGUUCAUGCAGCUCCGGGAUCGUAUGAAGGUUGAUUGGCAUGAGAUGACUUUGCAGGAGAAGAAGGCCGCUUACUGGAUCGCUUUCGGAUCCCAUGGUCCUCGCAAAGAGACCCCCAAGGGUGAAGGCUGGAAGGUCCUGGCCAAGGUCUCUCAAUUGUUCGCCGUUUCCAUUGCCCUCUUCUACACUACCCGUCUCUUUGCCAAGGAGCCUCCUCGCACAUUGACCAAGGAAUGGCAAGAGGCCACCAAUGAAUAUGCCAAGAAAGAGAAGAUCGAACCCAUCAGCGGUAUCAGCAACCCCAACUAUGAAGGUCCCGGCUACAUCCAGAGCGCACCUGCCAAGUCCUCAUAACUUUAUAAUCCGUCAACUACAUUGGAAGGAAUUGUCAAACAAUAUAGAAAUUGAAGAUUGGAACACGAGCGAGAGGACUCGCAUUGUCUAAAUAUACAAUAGUAUUGUCGUCCCGCUCUCUCCCUCUCUUUGAUCUCCUGUUCCCUUCCAGUUGGACCUGAAUUAAACUGAACUGAACUGAAUUGAAUUGAGCAGAAUUCCAUGUAUCGUCUACUACUUGUGCCAUAGUCAAUCUAUUUCCUUUGUAACUUGGAUUAUCUAUUCAAUGUUGAGCAUUGCCUA